AAACUAGAAUGGUCAUUCAAUUCAGGCUGAUGAUAAAGCAGGGGCAGUUUCGACUUCGAAGUUGGUGAAAUAUUAUAAUGAGAAAGAAACCUUCAAAAAAACUGCUUAUUCAAUGACAAUUGGGCGGAAGAUGCAGCAAUAUUGCUUCCAUCUUCUUCACUCCCAUUCCAUGGCCCUCCCCAUACCAUGUUUCCUCCUUGGUUCAGAUUCCUUCAAAUCUUUCCUGCGUUUCCAUUCAAGUUUUCCAGCUUAAAGAUCUGAUUGUCUACCCUUCUGGACCGACAUGGGAAGCAAAUGGAGAAAAGUGAAGCUUGCUCUUGGAAUGAAUAUGUGCGUUUAUGUUCCAAGAGCUUUAGAUGAUUCCUCUUCUCCCCUCAACUCCGUCGCCAGAGCUUCAGAUGCUCACUCCCGCUCUAGUGUUUCGCCGGCCGAUCAUAGCUCCGGUUACCGCCCAAUGACCCCGACGCCGUCUUCCUCCGGACUCCGACUUCCCAGUAACGGAACCAAAUCUCCCAAGGGGACAUGCGCAAUAUGCCUAACUGCGAUGAAACCAGGGCUGGGGCACGCCAUUUUUACUGCAGAAUGCUCUCACUCUUUCCACUUCCAUUGCAUCACAUCUAACGUAAAACAUGGGAACCGGAUUUGUCCCGUCUGCAGAGCAGAAUGGAAAGAAGUGCCUUUUCAGGGCCCUGCUUCUAAUGUUUCUCAAGGAAUGACUCGAAUCAACCAACCAGCUUUCCCACCAGGUGGUGACUGGACAACUGUCUUCCGCCGGCUUCCUUCCCCUCCAGCUGCGGGUGCAGGUCGUCAGAGUUCAUCUAUUUAUCAAGUUCCUGAACCUGCCAUCUUUAAUGAUGAUGAUGCUUUGGAUCAACGAACUCCAAGUACUCCUUCUAACGAACGGGGAGAUUCAUUUGAUGCGAUGGAAAUCAGAACCUAUCCUGAAAUUUCAGCUGUUCCAAAAUCAGUUUCUCGUGAUAAUUUUGCUGUAUUAAUCCAUCUCAAAGCUCCUCAUUCAGGGAGACGGCAAAUAAUG